UUUGUGUAGUUCAUUGAUAGUAUUUUAUCGUUCAUUGAUAACAUGGUACAGUCAUUACGUUAAGCAACUACCGCGCCCACUGGUUGUCCCGGUACUAACUAAAAUGAUUUUGUUUACGUUAAAAGUGGACAUUAGUGUUCUAUGUACUUCUGUAUAGUUUAAAGUGUGUGUGAAGUGGUUUGUGUUGCUCAUCCAUUUAAAAUGUGUUUAUAUACGUAUGGUUAAAUAGUAAAAGAUAGAAUAAGAGAGAAAGAGCAAGAGAAAGAGAGCAAUUAAUCACAGAUUUUUUUUCCUUUCUUGGUUGUUAUCGACAUGAUGAUUUUUUCUAAUUCUUACUCAUUAUUAUUAUCUAUGUAAAUUUCUUGUAUUUAAUAUAAAGAAAAUAAUCGAGGACUCUGUCAUUUGCGUAGUUAAUAUUACGAUAUAUUAAACUAAAAAUACUAUGAAGGUUAUGAUCGAUACAAAACAUAUCGAAUCAUUUAGUAUAAAAAUUCGUUGCAUUGUUAAUUUUUCUCUUGACAAAUCAAUGAUAUCUUUUUCUACUAAUUUGUUUAAUUGUAAGCAAAUUUAACUAUCAAUUGACAACAUACGUCAAAUCAUCGAUGCAUGAUUUUUUUGAGGUUAUAUUGCAGACGUAUUUCUUUGACACUAAUACCAAAAAUAUAGUAGAAAAUGAGAAGGUAGCAAUGUGAUUCAUAACCUUUGAAUUGUGAUACGUGUAAACAAAUGUAGGUAUAUUGUUUGAUAAUAGUGAUGUAUUAUUUAUUAUUAAGAUGAUACAUAUUAAUUAUUGUGUUAUGGUACGAAAUGAAAUUGAUUAACUUCAACAUUGACCCUUCGGUUAAGAAUUUAAAUGAACAAGUGAUAUGGCUGAAUUAAAGAACGAGGAGAAAACUGUAUUGGAAGCAGGCACUGUAUUUUUAUUAAUGAAGAGAGGAUUUCCAAUCUCCCGCAAUAUAAGAGCACAAUGGAUGUUAGAACAUUUGGAUUGUAUAAUAGAAAUUCAACAGUCUAAUACUAACUAUGAAGAUGCACCGGAGUUGGAAAUUGUAUCAGUGUUACCAAAUGGAUCACCUGCAUCUUGGUCAAUCGAUACUAGUCAUCAAUUUCUGUAUAAAGUUUUAGGAACAACUUCUAUCAUUUUUCUAGCACAUAAGUAUAGAAUGGUUUUUAGUUUGGAUUUGAGUCCAUCGCUUGCUGCCAUUGAUAUACAGCAUGGAGCAAUUGUUAUAGAUGAAGUAUAUUUAGCUACAAAAAUCUAUCUUGAAAGAAUAACUAGACCGUUUACAAUUCCAGGAAGUAAGCGUAUAUUACAACCUGAGAUUUUUGUGACAGUGAUAGCGCAUACACCGUUUCUUACAAGUCCGGCCCAACAAGUGUUGGUACAAGGAUGGCUGCUUACUGCCAAUAAUGUUAACAAUCUAAUACAACAUUUAGAAAAGCAAUUAAAUUUAUUAGAAGAAAAAGUAUCUUUUGUAGCAGCUAUCGCUAAUCAACAAUUGGAAACUUUGAAGGCUGAAAAUGAGCGUUUAGUUGGUGGUCUUUUCGAAGAUGGUACUAGUUAUUAUAAUAAAAAUAAUAAUUGCGUCGGUAAUACUGCCAUGAUUUUACCGGAAGGUAACUUUAUUAACAUGCUGCGAUAUGGAAUGUUAGCUCUUACUUUGUUACCAGAACAUAGCUGUGCGCAUUUGAUUAUUAUCACCGAUGGCAUAGUUAGUACAACAGACGUUCACGUAUUAGAUCCAAUUAUGCAACAACUGCGUGCAACAACUGUUGCAUGUAGCUUUGUACAUGUGGGUAGCAUGUACCAUCCACAUUGUGCGGAUGGAUUAGUUCCUUAUCAGGAUCUAUUGUGUUUUCUCGCAUCUGCAACUUUAGGAAGUUAUAUGACUUAUAUGCCACAAAUUGUACCUGAACCGGAGGAAGAUAUUAAUAUAUAUCAUAAAAAUAUUUUCUGUUGGCAAUUGUAUCGCGACACGUGUAAUUAUACAAUUCCAACUAAACAAACCAAGUGGCAUUCUAACAAUACAUUUUUUUAUGGACACAAACCUCCUCAUCUUUUAAGAAAGAAACAGAUUGACGAUCAAGUUACCUGCACUUUGAGUAGUUUAUUGUGUUGUCGUUUGCGAGAAGGAUAUUUAAUUAAAAGAGCGACAAUAAGAGAUGAUAUUCUCGAAAUAUGUUUUGUUCUUUUAUGGAAAAGCAAUGUUUUUUUGGAACAUUUGGUAACGUGUCCCUGGUCUUCAAAGUCUCUGUCUGUUUCUAACACUAUACAAUAUACAAUUACCAUUGAAGCACCUUAUGAAUUUCUGCACGACAUAACAUGUUUAUCCAAGAAACCAUUAAAAUCGCAAUAUCGUCAAGGGGUAGUAUCACGUUUUUGGGUAGCCAUUAAAUCUUUAACUGAAAGUGACAAUAUGUUGGCACACUUUAGUUGGUUUCCUGGAUCUGGUUGGAGUUGGUACAAUAUACCAGAUACUAUUAGAAGUGGAAUGCCUGUAUUUAAUCUAUCAGCUCACCCUGUGCCUAAUACACUUCAGCUUAGCGAUGCUGCCUGCCCACAGUUCGGACAAAUAUGGCAUCCAGUAGUAUCAAUGGAAAUUACACAAUGGGCACGUUGGAUGCACACGCAAAGGAUCACAUUACUUUUAUCGCAUGAUCGACUAUUACCGAAAUAUUUGCAUCAAGCUAAUCAGAAUGGAAGAUUUCAAUGGAUUCAAUGUCGUCAAGCAGCUGCUGUCCUGUAUGCCAUGUUGAAGACUUGGGCAACAUUUGUACUCGUUGAGAAUCAUACAUAUGUCCAGUUUAUAUACAAAGAAGUAGAAAAGCCACCAGUUGCAUUUUCAUUAAUACGUGUUAAUUGUAAGGCCCUCUGCGUCGUGUUAAAUAUUGCAUUCACAGGUGGGACCGAAGGUGGUGUCAGGCAUAAUGUUGUGGUCGAUCUUAUAGAAAGAUUAUCUCAACUAACUUUGCCAAAUAGACCAAUGGAAUAUCGUGAAACUCUUUGUUGCACGGUUAUACAUAAACCUUUAGAGAAAAUUUUGAUACGUUAUGAACGUGUACCUACGGAUCCAAGUACUAUAGUCUUUCCUGAUAAUGCUCAUACGAAUUCUAGUAGAAAUUCAAUGAUAUUGACCAACAAUCAUACAACAACCCUAUCAAGAUAUUUGUAUCAUAAUCGAUGGCUGUGGCACGUUAAACGACCCUUUGUACAUAUCGUUCCUGGUAUUACAUUACCACGAUUGAAUAUCACAGCGAUUGCCAGGAUUCUCUCAACUAUUACAAAAAUGCGUUUAGAGGAAGGUUUCUAUUUCGCUUAUUCUGCGGCUGGUAUCAUAAGUAUGGUAUUGGAAGUAAACAUGCAAGGUCUUGAAAAAAAUUCAGAACACUUUCCGUGCAUCAUACAAUAUAUCCUAUUUCCACCCCAAGUAGUAUUGAACAAUAAUUUAGAAGCAGAUCAAUCUGAUGAAGAUACCGACGAAGGUACUGUGGAUGGUGAUCUUAGUACAGAUGACUGCGAAGGGUCUGGUGAUUUUCAAAUAAUCACAGAAAUCUGGAUCGAACCUCAAUAUGGUCAUGUAGGUAUGUUGAAUAGGCAUGCAGCAGAUUUCUUACACUCUCUACAAUAUCAUCAACUUCCUAAUGCGAUCGCUCGCAUAGACGAAGAAUGCGUGAAUGCACUUCUAACACUCGAAUACCUGAGCCAACUUUGUCAGGUGACGCCAAUGGAAAAUGGCAACGAGGUGAUUUCCGGUCAGGGUUUUCAAACAUUAAAAAGCAGCGAUCGUAGCGUUGAUUCCAAUGGUCAUGGAAAUUCUGCAGGAUGUUUUAAAGGAUCUACGAUGAUCGAUGAAAGGAUACAUCAUAUGCAUUUCACCUUUGAUGCACUUAGUAUAUUACCUAAAUGCCAACAAGGAGAAUUAAUCUUUUCCAUGUUUGCCAAUGAUCAUGUUGAAGAAGGAAGACAAAGUGCUAACAGGAUUCUCAUGGAAGGAUUUUUAAAACGUGUUAAACAUUUACAUAACAAAGAACUUCAAUUAACAAAUAUCCAAUCGCAAAAAUUUACGGAGAUGCUUUUCAAUAGGCCACGUGAAGAGGAUUCUAAUUCGAUAUUUUUUUCAAAAGAUGGGAAUAAAAAAACUGAGAUUCCAUUGGAUGUUCAUCCACAUUGGCGUUGUUUUGUCAAAGGAAUAAGUUCGACCCACGUGAUCAUGACAAUUUUACCAGCAUCCGAAAAAGAUGUUUAUCUUUUAGCACAUCAUAAAUAUCAAAAAGAAAAAGAAUCAUCAUUCAAUGACAAUAAUUCUUCAUCUAACGUUGAUGUAAACGAGAUCAAUUGUUCUACGGAUAAUAAUAUUUAUGAAAAUAAUACUGCAGAAUCUUUAGAACAAUCAUCAUUGGACAAUAAUAUUAAUAAUCGAUCUAAUACACCUUUUGAAAGUACAACGAAAAUCAUCAACACUUCGGAGAGUCUUUUGAUUCCCGUUUACGUUUACAAUUGUUCGUUGACAUUAUUGAUCGAUGCGUUGAUAGAAAAAUUGGAAUCACCACGUAACAAGGAUAUUUAUCAGGAUCAUACAUUUCGAAUUGGUCAGAAGGAUCGUGAAGAAUUUAUUCAUUCUAAAUUAAUAAACAAUAUGAAAACAUCCUCACCUGAACCGAAAAGUGAGGAUUCUGACAAUACAACUAGCGAUCAAAAAAGUUUAAUGGAACAUUGCAAGAUAUUAAAUUUCGCUCAUUGCCAUUGCUACGUAGCUGCCGUUUACAAAUCUUUAGCACUUCAGCAACCAUUGAGUUACGAGGACAUGGAAGCAGCUGUUGAAUUAUGCGAAGAAAGUUUGAUAGAAAUAGAUAUUACUAAUUAUUUACAAUCAGUCUGCAGACAUUUGAGUAUAUCUCAAGAUGGUAACUUGUUGAAUCAUUUGAACAGCAAUGUUUGCUGUGACGUUAAACCCUUGCACGAUUUGAUAAAAGAUAAGUUUGAAAGUAUGAUAACUGUUGCCUUCAGACCUGUACCAGCACAUCCAGAAUUUUAUUAUUGUUCGCCAUUGUGGGUUUCAAAAAAAACUGGUCGAGCUAAUUUUGAAAGAUCUGACGACAGUGACGAUGAUUUUACAUUUCAUUCGGAAAUUGAUUGCAAAUUGGAUGAUUCCUCGCGUCAAGAAAACGAAGAUGGAGACGCAACGGGUUCCAGUGAUUUUCGGAAAUUACCAAAUUGCGUGUACUCAUCUGAUACUUUCAAUAACGAGUUACAAGAUGACAAUAUCUGUGACAAAGAACAACCAUUAUUUUUAAGAUUAAGUUGUUCGAUAUAUUUCCGUUCCGGAUCUAAAAGUACACUCGUCAAUUUACUUCCCACGUGUUUAAGCGAAAUUAUACAAAGGAUGGAUAUCGAAAAUGACGACACUGAAAUGGAUUUGACCAAUUUGAGUAACAUCAAAGUAACCUUGGGUAUUAUUUGUUUGAAUUUACCCAGAGAAGUGGUAGACGUUACUGCAAAACGUUGCAUUAAUAUAAAAAAUAAUUUAUUUUUUGAUACCACAAUGGACAACAACGUUCACGUUGUUGAAUAUGAGAGAAGUUUGAGUGAUGAAAAGAAAUCAGAAAAUUUGCCUGACAGUAUGAAACAUCUUCCGUUACAUCAACACAGUGCUAUCACCAAUUUGACUUAUGAAAUUGAAUGGUUGUUGCAAGACGAAACGGCUACUGCACUUUUGGAUCGUUCAUCACCGACGGAAAAAACAUUGAAAUUCGUUGCACGUCACGUUUCAGAAUCAACCGAACGAACCAGUUGUUCAAUGGACAAAGUACCCCUGCAUUUUGUAUUUCCAUCGGAGAACAGUGUACUGAAAUUUUUAGAAGAGUUGCAAAAAUUGAAAAUCGAUCGUUAUUGUAUACAACAGGAAGGUUUUUUGUAUUAUUUUAUUAAAAACACGCAAGAUUUAGUCGACGAAUUGAACGAUAGCGACAAAGUUUUGAAUUUCAAGGACCAUGUUGUAAUAAGGAAAGAUGAUAUCAGCGAAAAUAUUGAGCAAAAUGUAUCCGGGGAACUUCGAAAUUCUGGAAAGUUUGACUCCACCGAUCCACCAGGUUGCUACUCUGACGUUUCCAGCAUCGGUGAAGGUAAAAUAGGUACGGACGAUGGUUACGAAGGUGAUAGCAGUAAUUCUGAAGAUGAUUUGCAAUGGUUGAUAGAACUUGAUAAACGAAGAGACAGUCUACCGAAUUUUUGGUUAAUUUUGCAAGUAGAAAGUAGCCACGUCAAUGUAUAUUUUCAUUGCAGGUUCCUAGAAUUGGUCUCCCCCGAAGUAGAUUGUUACAAAUUGAUACAAAAGAUGGUGGUCAAUCAAAUCAAAGUUAUUUGUCGUCGUGUCAAUCAAUACUUGCUACUUCAAAAUCUUCACGACACGCGAGUAUGCGAUGCCCUUUUAGAACCGGAAGUUAACGAGGAUCACGCUUGGAGAGGUGAUACGAGUAGCGAUUCGGGUGGUUCGUUGCAAAGCAACAAUUCGAUUUUAAACUUCGCACCAGGCAUGUUUCGUUGUCCUGUAGUUUGGGAAGUACCAUUUUAUUUACAUCCACGUUUGAAAACUGGUCCAGGAAGGUCUGGUCUUUCACGUGGUAUCAAAGCACUUCAUGGUGUUUUAAAUUGGCUCUCAGUUAACAAUCGUAGCAACAUGUUUGUAUAUCAAGAGAACAAUAAGAACGUGUUUUACUUGAGACUUCAUGAACAGACCAACGAUGGGAAACCACUUCAAAACAAACUUUCAGAAAGUGACGAGAAGUUGACAGUUUCGAGAAGCAACAGUGCAGCAUCUUUAUCACAAGCCAAAGGAAUUGACAGUUCAAAUGAUCAUUCUCUAACAAAUGACACUAGACCUAGAGUCCGAUCUUUUGGUGAAAAGGAGUCAGACAUUUUGAACAAAGCUGGUGAUUCGAUCAUAUUGAAGGUACACGGCAUUUCCGAAGCUGGACCAUUGGUCAAAUGUGACUUGGUACAAGUUUUACAAAAUCGUUUAGACGAUGCCGUAUUCGAAGUCUUAUCCGUUAUGUUGGCACGUAAUCCAAUGUGCAAAUUAACACCUGCAGACGUUCACUUCAUUCAAAAACCAUACAAAAAUCCUGAAACAAUCGUACAAUUGUCCGUACAAUCGCAUUGUUUACUUCACAUGGCUGCAUUAGGACACUACCUGAGACAAAACUUAUUACAAUUUCUUUAUAUACCUAAAUAUACCGAUCAUAGAACGUGUUAUCACUUUCAAGACUAUUCUCAACCGGAAGGUUCAUCUAACAGGGUUGCAGAGUCUGAUAUAUUUUUAUACAAUCAAAGUCCGUCGAGUGGUAGCAAAGGAAUAGCUUGCAUAGCUUUAGCAAUUGCUGAUUCAAAGAAUGAAAAUAUUUCUCAGAUAGAUGAUGAAGUGUCCUGCGACGUGGAUCUUCGUGAACAAUUGAAAAGUGAAAAUUUUGAGAACCUAGUCUCCACUUCCAUUUGCACGAAUAAAAGUAACUCGAAACAGGUGAUAGAAUUUAGAAUUUGGAAACAGGGUAGAGUAAAUUUGGAAGCUUUGUUACAAAAAUUGUGUGCUGCUGUUAGAUACGCAACAUGGGAUUUGGUUACUGAAUACAAUCUCUUGUCAACGGCUCUUACCGAACCAUUAGAAAAUGUAGAUAGAAAUGUUUCAACGGAUGAUAAAGAAACACCUGUUGAAAAUAAACUCAAUCAAUCCAAGGAUCCUGACAAUAUUGUAAUUAACCAAUACGAAUUUGGUGAGGAAGGUAAACUAAAUGAAAUUUAUCACACAAUAUUAACCAAAUGGUUCAAAUAUGCAUUGGAAGUUGGUGUACCUGCUGUGAAAAAACACGAAGUUAUUAUUCAUCAUAGACACUCGAUUCCUGUUAUUGUUCGUGAACUUCAGAAUUUAAUACGUGGUCAUGCACCUGACACAUCGAGCAGGGCAUUCGUUUUAAGGGAUCGUCAGCCAUUUCUCAGUGAAACUGUCAACCCUACACCAAAUCUUUUAGCUUUUUGUGAAAACAAAGAAGCUAGGAAAAGAUGGAUAACCAACGUGAACGAACGUGACAGAACGUUAUCACCUGUUUAUGUGUCAUGUGAUUUUAGUAAACAUGAACAAGGAACUUAUACAAAUUGUAUUCUAAUAGCUAGAAAUUUUUAUCAAUGGAAAGUGUCCUUCGGUAAAACGAUCGAGGAGGAAUUACUUGUUCCCAAAGAUCAAAAGUUAUUACAAAAAUUCAAUCCUUUGAUACUACCAUCUGACUUUGUACCAAGACAGCGAAUAUUAUUGGCUGAAAUUCAAAGUGGCAAUAUAACAUUUUACAUGUACAACUGGUCAAAAGAAAGAUCAGAAAAAUUUAUCAAACAAACGACGAGUUUGGGUACAUGGCUUUCAUCCAGAUCACAACUUUUCACAAAUAUAAUAAUGCAUAAGUUAGGUAUAUUUCAUCAUCAACCAACAACCAAUUAUCAACAAGGUGAACAAAGUAAUUCCCAGUAUUAUCAAAUCACCGAUAUGGAAAGUUUAACGAAAUUUCCACACUCGUCGCAUGGUGAAAAUAAAACUGUUUCCAAACAACACAGUAGAAAUAAUCCAUUACCAUGGAAUCAAUUAGUUGGACAAGCUUCUAAAGAAACUGAGAAUAGUUCUUAUCAUUUGAACGAUGAUAUUGAUCCGGUUGUUAAAACUGCAUACGAUUUGCAAGAUUUUCGUUAUCGUGAAAGAAAAGCCAAAGGUAAAAACGAUUGUACAAUGUUUUAUUUAAAUGAUUUACAUUUAAUAAAUAAUUGUAUUUAUUGUUCAGAGGAUAUGAACAAAUUGUACACGAUAUGGCAAAAUCGUAAUUCAGCAUCCAACAUACCAGUUUGUUGCGACACCUUGAACACAUUUAAACAACAUUCUCGUUUGAUACACUUCUGUCAUACACCAUUAUUAUUUUUACCAACAUGGCGUUUGCAAUCAGCUGCUACCAGAGAUCAUUCCUUGACACCACCGUGUUCACUUGCAUCCAGUAACGUUAGUCAACAAACCAAUGAACAAAUUCAAUUGAAAGAAGAUCCAUCUAAAGCUGUGAUUGUUAAAUGGCAUCGUGAAUUAUGCAACUCAAUGUUAACUGAAUACAAACAGUACUUGCAGAUAUUAGGAUUCAGUCCUAUUCAAGUUGAAUCGCAAGAUAAAAUAGACACUGAACAGAAUCCACAUCAGACGCAUUAUUUGAAGAAAUCCAUGUUAGGUGGAGUUUUGUUGUUCGAAAUUCACUUGUCUCAGCCAUUUUUUAUCGCAAAAUUACGCGUCAUAGAAUGCAAUCGUCUUUCAACCAAAACCAAUAGUGCAAUGGUCAAUCAAUUCGUUUUGAGUUUUGUUGAUGCCUGUGACAAGAUCAAAAUCAACAUGCACCUGCAUUCGUUUACAUACGAUUUUCAUUUACGUUGCAUACACUCGUACAUUGCUGGAAAAGGUUUUUGGUCAUUGCAACAGGGCUACCAUUUGACCCAUUUUCUAGAUGAUUUUAAUAAAUAUUACAGCAAGGCACCCAACUAUGCGAGAAAUCUCGUUUACAGUGACGUGGUCAAUGUGAGGAAUUUGGCUACACCUGCUCGCAUGUUAUACACAUAUUUAUUAGCACACGAGGAAACUUAUGGCAUGCGAGCCUUCGUGAUGUCCAACGAACCUCAAGAAUCUCAGGAAGGUGAAUACGUGUUGUUUAAAUUACAGAGUACUCCAUUGGUUAGUUAUUGUGAUGCACAAGACACCAGGUACACCGAUGACUUCGAUGUAGCUCUGAUAGUUUCAAGAAUUGAACAACCACCAGAAAUCGAAAAAACUGAAAUAACAUUGAAAUAUUAUCUGAUGUUAACGAGCAAACGUGAACUUUAUCCUAAACGUGACUUGGAAAACAAUAAACUAGGCAAAUUUCGUACGGUUUACAGUGUCAUCAAAUUAGCUAACAGUUCAUCACAGCAAGGAAAUUCAUCUGAAUCCAAUUCAAUUUCAACAAUUGUUCAACAACCACCACCACCGUUAGUUAGAAAAAGUUCCAAUCGUGAAAUGAGCACGAAUCCAACGGAUUCAGAUUCGCGUAACAGCGAUAUCGAUUCUAAUGGUAAUUCCAAAGAAUCCGAUGAGAAAAUAUCAGCCAAUAAAACGAUCAAUAAUAUGGCACCAACCCCACCACCCGUACCUAAUUCACCCCUAACUCAAAAUCACAACGUUUUGAACACGUCGAGUUCAUCAUCGUCACCACACUUGGUACAAAUUCGUCAGGAAUCUGUGAAUUAUUUGGGAUAUUAUUCGUCACACGAACAAUUGAUGCAACAAUUGAUCAUGUCACAAGCUCAAGCAGCACGACAACACAUAAUCGACAUGAUAGAACGUGGUGCAUCCCAAUGUAGGACUCAUUUACUUUGGAACAAAUUAUUUGAAAACAAAUCAUCAAUGACUUAUACAGAAUUCAUGGAAUUGUGUUCAUUGGCACACGUAGAACCACUUUCUCAGUUGGAACCACGAAUUAGUCCGCUUAGCAAUCAACCUAUCUCUUGGUAUCAAACUUUGACAAAAGUUCUUCAAAAUAAAUAUCAAGAAUUUCAUAAACAAUUUAGUACAGCUGAUGGAAAUAUAACUCAUCAUUUGAUAUUACAUCAUAGAUCUUUACAAGCUUUUACGAUGUUGACGAUUGAUCUUCACACGUCUAGAGGGGAUCUUUACGUAGUUUAUCGUAAAUUGGCAGAAGUUACAAACGCACCUGUAAAUAUGGAAGACGUUUACAGUUUGAUCGAGGGUUUCAUCAAUGCUUGUUGUUUUCAUUUAUGGACUAGCUUGUGUAAUCAAUGAUCUGAAGUUAGAAAUGUUCGAACUGUAAAUCAUAGAUCUAAUACGUACUUACGAAUAUUCGACAUGAUCGUUAAUAUCGUUUACUCUCGUAAAAGGUGAAUGAUUUUUAACAUAUAUUGUUUUGAUUAACGUUGUUAUCGCCAUUGUUAAAAAAAAAAAAAAACUGUAUCUUUUCAUUGAUCAUUAAUUCUUAUACAUGUCAUCUUUAUUAUUAAUAUUAUUAUUAUUAUUUUUAUUAUCAUCGUCAUAAUUGAUUUUCAAA